AUGGAUAAGUCUUUCUGUUCAUCGUUAUUAGUUGUGCCUAAGGGCAAGGAAGACAUUCGCUUAGUAGUGGAUCUCAGGGGAUCUGACAAAUGUAUUAUUCGAACGCCUUUUAGAAUGCCCACACUGGAAGAGAUUUUGUCCGACCUUCACGGUGCUAAUUGGUUUUCCACCAUAGACUUGACAAGUGCGUUUUUUCACGUGGAAAUCGCUGAGCAAUCACGUCAUCUAACCAAUUUUUUUGCGGACGAUGCUACGUACCGUUACAAGAGGUUGCAUUUCGGGCUUUGUAAUGCCCCUGACAUAUUUCAGGAGAUUUUGCAAACAAAGGUGCUAUCAGGCUGUCGCGGUCAGAAGUGCUACUUAGACGACAUUAUAGUGCACGGUUCGACAAAAGAGGAACAUGACACAAAUCUAAGGGCGGUGCUUAAUCGACUUCAGGAACAUAAUGUACGGAUCAACAUGGGUAAAUGUGUGAUCGGUCAGCAGAAAGUGAAAUUCAUAGGCUUUUCGAUGUCCAAUGAAGGUAUGGGUGUCGAAGAUGAAAAGCUAGAAGCUAUUAAAAACUUCCGACGACCGGAUACAGUGCAAGAAGUUAAAAGUUUUUUAGGUUUCUUGAAUUUUUCGGAGCGGUUCAAUUAUAUGCGGGCAGAUAGAACUAAACAUUUAAGAGAGCUGGCUAGGUCUGACUCAUUUUACUGGUCAAAUGCGAAAGAGGAUGAGUUUUUAUUUCUUCAGUACGAAGCCCUGAGAUCGAUUUUUCGGCUAGGGUAUUUCAGCUAUGAGGAUGAGACCGAACUUUAUGUGGAUGCAUCGCCUGUAGGCCUGGGUGCCGUUCUGGUUCAAUUCAAUCCUGAAGGAAAACCACGAAUUAUUUCUUGCGCUUCAAAGGCUUUAACUCCAACAGAGAAAAAAUAUCCCCAGACCCAAAGAGAAGCGUUGGCGAUCAUUUGGGGAAUGGAACGAUUUGCGUUUUAUUUAACAGGCAAAUCGUUUACCAUCCGAACUGAUUCCGAGGCUAACGAGUUCAUUUUCGGUGAUGGACACAGAUCAACUAAACGGGCGGUUACUAGGGCUGAAUCGUGGGCCUUAAGACUGCAAUCUUUCGACUUCAUUAUAAAACGUAUACCAGGAUAUCUGAACGUAGCGGAUGCUUUAUCAUGUUUAAUCUCUCUAACCCGUGAAGAUGAACCAUUCGACGACAAUGAUGAUCGGCACCUUUUGUAUACACUGGAUGGUGGAUCGAUGAGCGUAACUUGGAAGGACAUAGAACAGGCUUCUGAAAGCGAUGUGGAACUCCUCGCAGUAAGGAUAUCUAUCGGAUCUGGGAGCUGGCCACAAAAUCUGCGUAGAUACGAAGCCGAAUUCAAAUCUCUACGUUUGUUAGGAGCGAUGGUUUUCAAGGAUGAUAAAAUUGUAUCUCCGAAAGAGCUUCGAAGCAAAAUAAUGACGUCGGCGCAUCGAGGCCACAUAGGAUGCUUGGCGAUGAAAAGAAUUAUGAGGGAGUACUUUUGGUGGCCGAAUAUGAGCAAAGAUGUGGUAGUGUUCGUAAAAAGUUGCGCAACCUGUUUGGCUAUCUCCAGGAAAAAUCCACCAAUACCUGAUGCCUGA